CUUGUUUUGAUUGUGUGAGCAUUGCUUUUUUUUGAUUCGGAUCUUCUCUGAAAAUUUCAAAUUAAAAUGUAUUUCUAGCUAAUUUAAAUGCAAAAAAGCUAUUGAAAAAGUAUCCAAAAUGUUCGCGCGACUUCCGCUCGUUCGUAUCCAAAACAACUGGCUUGGUUCGAUUGUCGGCAGAAAUUUCAACGUGAAAAGCUCCACAAAUCUUGGCUUUCCUUGCACCUACACCGAGGAGGAAACUCAAAAGAUUCUCGAAACUAUCAACGAAAACGAUGUCGAGCAGCUGUACAAAUACAACAUUACCAAGUACCGCUUGAAGAGAAUCGAGGGAUGGCGUAAAAAGUUUGGCCGCUUCAUGUCGCUGGACCAGGUCCUGGAACUGGACGGUUUUGGAAUCACCGUUUUGCGUAAGUUUUACGAUUCGAUCGUCCAGACUCCGGCCACCAGCGAGGAGCUGGUGCAAAAGGUCGCCAAGAAGGACAUCAAGUUUACGACCCCGGUCUUUUCCGCGAACCUGAUUCCCAAAGUUCAAUCUUGCGUUUCACUUUACGUGGGACUUGAUUUUGUAACGUGGGCAAAGUUCAAAGUAGUGAAGGAUCAGCCGACGGUCCUGGCCGGCUGGAACAGCUUCCAAAUCGUGGACCGAAAGUUGCACGUGAGCGAGCUGAUUCGCAACGUCACCCAGCUGAACCAGCUGAUUCCGGAGGCGGACGUAUACGUCGUGGAAAAUCCCGCCGUUGCGCAAACCGUAGCCAUGGGAAGUGCCGUCCAGACCAACAUCAACGUCCAACGAUCGCAGCUCAUCGCGAUGAUCAUGCUGUCGCUGUCGAGUCGCCCGGUCGAAGAUCCGGAAAUUGCCGGCAGCAACGUUUUAUUCUUCAAGCAGUACGCCUCGGCGCGGCUGUUUGGAAUAUUCGUCGGAAAUGAGCGCGUUUCGGCGGAUAGCGUGGUCCGGUCGCUGAUGGAACGCCAGGUGGGACCGAGUGAGGAACCCGACAUCGAGCAGACUCAGUCCAAGCUGACGAUUCCUUCUGGGCUUAAAGUGAUCUAUGAGGAGAACGAUAACGCCGAACGGGAGUUUCUGGGCCAGGCGGUUCUGUUGGGAUUGUCCUUUCUGCGUUUGUCCGUUUUCAAGUGCGAAAACAGCUUGAAGGUGUUCCGGAGAUAGUCGGGGUGAGUAUCGGGGCGUGGUUGGCCGUCGGAUUUGUAUAGUAGAAAUAAUAAUUUGAUUUUUAAUCUAUUGAA